AAGGGUGCCGCGGGCAAGACCCGCUAGUGUCAAAGUCUUCGGAAGUUCUAGCAUCCCUUCAAGACGACUAUCAAAUGAACUGAACCGCCACACGAUCACCGCCUAGCAAAACAUCAACUUAAGAGACUUAGCUACCUAGCCCUGCCCAGGGCCCGGGCGGUGUAUUUGACCGACUUGACGUGACAGCGAGGGAAUAAGCGUGAUGGCGAAAGUGAUUGAAGCCGUCCAGAUCUUCAAGAAGGUUGAGGACGUGACCGCAGCAAAGGAUGACCCUCCGCCAGUCUACCUGAUGGAUGAGCUCGCCGAAAUGGCGAAGGGUUCGGCGGAAUCGUCGGAGAAGAUUGCAGACCGCAUUGCGAAGCGGCUGCAGAACAAGUCGCCGGUGGUCAAGUACAAGGCGCUGCGCCUCAUUCGCCACAUCGUGAACAAGGGCUGCGGCCAGUUCCAGCGGACCAUGCAGCGACAUGCCAACCUGGUCAGGGACCACGUGCACUUUAAGGGCGAGCCCGACCCCUUCAAGGGCGACGUGCCCAACCAGCGCGUGCGGGACAGCGCCCAGGAGGCCGCGGAGAGCCUGUUCAACACAGUCAUGACGGCACCGGUCACCAGCCUGGGGAGCCGCAUCCAGGGCUUUGGCAGCGGCGCGGCGCCGGCACCCUCCGCCUCCAGCAACAGCUCGCACUCUGGAGGGCCCCCGGCAGCCGACCGCGGCGCUGCCUCCGCGUCCUCGGGCUCGCGCAUGGUCGGCUUCGGCAGCGGCGGCGGCUACACGGCCCCCGCCGUGCCCAAUGGCGGCGGCGGCGGUGGCGCCUUCGGUGGCCAGCGGCAACCCAUGAACCAGCGGCUCACCAUGGGUUACAGCAACGACUACGCCCCGGCCGCGGGCGGUGGCGGCGGGACUGGCGGCGGGGCUGGCGGCGGCGGCGGCUACGGCGCGGGUGCGGGCAGCGGCAGCGGUCAGGGCUACACGGCUCCCGCGGUGGCUGCCUCGGAGGUGCUGGGGUCGGAGGACGAGCUGGUGGAGGGCGUGUGCACACACAGCGGCCUGCGGCUGGCUCCUGACCCCGAGGACCUGCGGCGCUUCGUGGAGGCGGUGGGCAGCCUGGACGGACUGCGGGUGGCGGAGCUGCUGCGAGACAAGAUGACCGGGCCGGCGCAGUGGCAGCAGCUGCUGCGGGCGCUGUAUGCGCUUGAGGCCGUGCUGCAGCAGGGCGUGUCGCAGGCAUGUGGCGAGGUGGCCGUCAUGUUCCAGAGCGACCCCGGACCGGUGCAGACGGCGGCCUCGCACCCGCAGGUGGCUGUGCGCGAGCGCGCAGCCAAGGUUUUGAAGCUGCUGCUCGGCGACAGCGCAGCCGCGGCACCAGCCGCGCCCGCGCCGGCCGGCACCCGCCCCGCAGCCCAGCCUCAGCCCAAGCAGCAGGCUGCGGACCUUCUGGGUGGACUGGACAUGCUUGGUGGGCCGGCGCCGUCCGCCGGCGGCGCGGGCUACGGCGGCCAACAGCAGUACCAGUACGGGCAACAGCAGCAGCAGCAGUACGGGCAGCAGCAGGCGCCACAGCAGUACGGGCAGCAGCAGCAGGCGGCUGCUGGGGUGGCGCUGCAGGGCCAGCAGCGGCUGGCGUCCGGGGACAUGUUCAACGGACUGGCCAUGCCCGGCGGGGAGGAGCAGGUGCCGCAGGCCUUCAACGCGCUGGGCGCCCAAGGCAACAACCAGGCGCACGGCUACGGCCAGCAGCCCCAGCAGCAACGGCCGCCGCAGCCGCAGGACCCCUUCGGCCUCGACGUCGCGGGCGGCCAUGCUGCCCCGCAUGCCCAUUCCAGCCACCCGUACCCGCCCCAACAGCAGCAGCAGCAGCAGCAGAGACCCCAGCAGCAGCAACAGCAGCAGCAGCAGCAGCAGCAGCAGGCGGCCGCAGGGGGCUCUCGUGCCGCGCCCCUAGACGACUUGUUCUCAGACAUGAGCCUGGGCGGCGGCGGCGCCCGCCCCGCACCCGUCAGUACCAUGCCCAAGGCCGGCAUGGGCGCUGGCGGCUACGGUGGCGGCCCAGGGGGCAUGAGUGGAGGGUACGGCGGCUCGGGCGGCGGCGUGGGCGGCGGGUACGGCGGCGGGCUCGGGGGCAUGGGUGGAGGGUACGGUGGCGGCAUGGGGGGCGCCAGCGGCGGCGCCACGCCAACUGGUGCGGCCUCGGGCAACACCACGCCCGGCUUUGGGCUGCUGGGCGGCGGCAGCAAGGCGGGCAGCCAUGUGGAUCUGCUGGCGGUGGGCGGCGGCGGCGGCGGGGUGGUGAGCGGUGUGGCGGGCGGGUACGUGCCCAUCGGCUCGGCGCCCGUGUCCACACACGGCUCGUCGGCGGCGCUGAUGCAGGGCUCGGCGCCUGGCAGCGGCCUCACCACGCCCACAUACGCCGGCAUGAGCGGGGCCGGCGCACACGCGGGCGGCAGCGGCGCGCCUCCUCCCUUGGGCGGUGGCAUGGGCUACCAGCAGCAGUACCAACAGCAGCAGUACCAACAGCCGCAAUACCAGCAGCCACCGCAGCAGCAGUACCAGCAGCACCAACAGCAGUACCAGCACCAGCCGCAGCACCAGUACCAGUACCAGCAGGCGCCGGGCAUGUCAUCAGCAUCGCCGCAGCGGCCAGGCGGCGCCGCGGCCACCAGCGACCUGCUUGGGGGCGGCUUUGGCGACCUGUUGGGUGGCGGCGGUGGCGGUGUUGUGUCAUCAGGGCCUGCCGGCAUCUCGGGCGGUGGCCCCGGGUACGGCGCGCCCUCGGCCGGGGCUGGGCUUGGGGGCGUGGGCGGCGGAGCCGUAUACGGGGCAGGCAUGGGUGGCGGAGGCAUGGGCAGCCCAGGCGGCAUGAUGGUGGGCCCGGGCGGCAAGGUGCAGUAUGUGGGCGCCGCGCCCGGCUUGUCGAAUGCGGCUGGGCCCAGCGGUAUGGGCAUGGGCGCGGGGCCGGGCGGCGCCAACCCCGGGUCUUGGCAGCACCAGCCCUACCAGCAGCACGCCCAGCCGCAGCAGCAGCAGCAGCACGGACACGGGCAGUUGGGCCACGGUCCUGCUGGUGGCGUGGGUGCGGGCGCGGGGCAGAAGGCCCAUGAUCCCUUUGCAGGCCUGGGCUUUUGAGGGGGAAGGCAGCAGUGCAUGGCCGCGUGUGACCAACGGACCAAGGCGCGGUGCGUCGCCUGGCGUGAUGGGGGUGAUGUUUGCUGGUGGGUUUAGCUGAGGGUCAGGUGAUGCGGUUUUUGAGUGUCGGGUUGGACUGAACCAAGCGUACAGGCAUACUUGGAUGUCGCGGAUAAAGCAGGAUUUGAUGCGCCCGGGCCGUGAUGGCUGCAGAGGGCUGCGUGCGUGCGUGAUCAAGUACACCCUAAGGCGCCGUCCAAGCGUCCACUUUCCCUUGCCCCACGCUUGGCCAGUUGGUCUGGCUGAGCCGCAAUUUUCCGCUCUCCGAGAUGGGGUAUGUAGAAGUGCCAGGGCCGUGCCGGCAGCGCGGGCCAGUGAUGUGUUGCAAAGUAUGGCCGUGCACCGCGCCCUUGCCCUUUUUCGC